AUGCCUUCAAAAAAGUUCUGGAACUUGAUGGAUCUGAAUUCAGGGAGAGUUCCUUGUCAGUGGAAGAGGCUAAGCCAAGAGGUGAUAGUGCUGGUGGUGGCAGAGGUGGAAGGAGUGGUGACCGGGACAGUGGGGGUCGUUUUAGAGGCUGACGUGAAGGUGGCCGCAGUGGUGGUGGUCACUUUAGAGGUGGCAAUCGAGGAGGUGGUGGUCGCUUUGGAGGUGGAGGAAGAGGACGUGGAACUCCUGGGAAGCCAGUGGGAAGCCAGGCAUGUUUGCUGCUGGUGCAGGGAAGUAGACCACAUUUGGUGA